AGGAAAAGACUUAUACAACAUAGGCUACACAAAUUUUGGAGAGUUAGUUUUUCUGUGGUUUUUUUGGUGCACUUGUGUGAUACCUCUUCUGUUGUAUUCAAGAUGUCGGUUGAAUUGUUGGACGUUUUUCCGGAAGUGACGUGUACACAGAUUGUGCUGACGGCCAUUCUUCUCCUUCUCUUGAGCGUCUGUUGGUACGCCACCAGCUACCACGGUGUGUGGGAAAGAGCGGGAAUCCCCGGACCAAAACCACUACCAUUUUUAGACCACAUGCUGGAGUUUCGUCGUCAUGGCGUGGAGCAGACGAUAAACAAAUGGUUCCAGACGUACGGCAAAAACGUUGGGGUGUACGGCCUUCACCCUCACCGGGCUACUCUCAUCACCAAAGAUUUGGAGAUCGCCAAACAGGUUUUGGUGAAGGACAACUUCAUGACCAGGUACAACCCUCGACAGACGCGUGGGUCGUUCAUCAACAGCUUGAUCGUGUCCACUGGCGACACGUGGAGGCGCCACCGUCACGUGACCAGCCCGAUGUUUACCGGCGUCAAAAUGAAGGUCAUGCUCCAACACAUCAAGGCCAGCGCCGAGACGCUCACAGAACUCAUCCGGCAGUGCGUGUCCAAGGGAGAGCUCAUCUCGGUUAAACUGGUGGCCUCCAAGUUUUCUACGGAGGUUAUAGCCAGGGUGGGGUUCGGGGUUCAGACCCACGCCGUCUCCAAAGAGGAGAAUGAAUUCGCUCAUCAUGCGAGGACAUUGCUUAACGUAUCGUAUAAAAAAAUAAACAAAUGCAUCAAUAUAAUAAAUCAGUUUGUACCACACGCAAUUCCAUUGAUGAUGAAAUUUGUACCUCAGACUGAUUACAUCAAUCGAGAUUCAGAUAAUUAUUUUAAACAUUUUGUAUUAUCUACCCUCAAGGAGCGAAAAGUGAAGAAAUGCGAAAAUGGGUCUGGUACCCCUCGAGACAUGCUUGACCUACUUUUAGAAACGGAAGUAUCCAGUGAUGACCCACGACUUCACGACCCUCAGUCUAAAGCCCUCAGCAUCGAUGAGAUCAUUGGAACCUCAACUGGAUUGAUUAUAUCGGGCAUCGAAACUGUGUCGUCUGCUCUCCAGGGAAUCUUAUACUGCCUGGCGCUGAAUCCAGACGUCCAGCUGAAGGUACUAGAGGAGAUUGACCAGGUCAUCCCAGACGGUGAAGAUCUGGAGUACGAGCAUCUCUCACAGCUCAAGUACACAGAGCAGGUCAUCAACGAAUGUCUGCGUCUGUUUCCGUUGGUAAAUUCAUUGAUGCGUGAAGCUGCAGAAACCCGGACAUACAACGGUGUGACCAUACCUAAAGGUGCAAUCGUCACCAUUCCGAUAAACAUAAUAAUGACUGACCCUGAACUUUGGCCAGAACCUAAGAAAUUCGACCCUGAAAGGUUUACACCAGAAAACAAGGCAAAACGUGACCCAUUUUCUUACAUCCCCUUUGGAUACGGGCCAAGAAUUUGUUUGGGUCAAAGGUUAGCCAUGAUGGAACUUAAGACAAUCAUGGUCUACUUGUUGAAAGAAUUUCGUUUUGAGCUUUCGGAGAGAACGGAGCCAAAGAAAGGCGUCAAUAUUGAGAUGGAGACUGUUGUUGGAUUUGUGUCUAGGCCAGUUAAACCUGUGCAGUUGGAAGCUGUACUAAGAUAAUUUAAAAAGAAACAACAACAACCGUUUUAUUCAUAUUAUUUCCACUGACAUAAUUUAUGUAACAAUGUAUUUUUUAUUUUACUGACGGAUAAUUAGGCGAUAAACAGUUUUUACAUAAACUGAAUGUUUCAAAACAACUUUGGUGCAAACUAUGAACGCUGUAAUUUACU